AUGACAGAAAUGGAGGUGGUCGCAGUCGAUUCAGCGGAGAAAGAAAAGUCGGGAGAGGUGAGUUUCCCACACUCGAGUUUAGUGGGUGAACUAGAGGAAAUCAGGAUCAGCAUUGAGGAAAUCCCCAGCGGGAAGAGAUGGAUGAGCAUAAAAUUUCGGUCCGGUAUAAGAGCAAACAUGAAGAGGCUCUGA